GCUUCGCACCGGCUCUCUGCCUCGCCUCGCCAACCUCACUUUACAGAUCGACCAGCCGGCAAGAAGAAAAAUGGUUUUGGACCUAGAACUUUUCCGCGCCGACAAGGGCGGGGACCCCGAAAAGAUACGGGAGAACCAGCGAAGACGUUUUAAGGAUCCCGGACUCGUGGACAAAGUCGUCGAUGCCGAUACAGUGUGGAGGAAACUGAGGCAUCAACUGGACAACUGGAACAAGUUGAAAAACCUAUGCAGCAAGGAGAUUGGCCAGAAGAUGAAGAAAAAAGAGAACGUCGGCGAAGGCGACCACUUACCUGACAGUGUUGUUGAAAAGCUGAGCGAACUUACAUCGGAGGUGUUACAGAGCCUCACUGUUAACCAGAUAAAGCGAAUUAGGGUACUCAUCGAUGAAGCCAUAGUUCAAUGUAACAAGGACCUCGACACCUACGAAGCAGAACGAAAUGCUGCUCUCCGUGAAAUGGGCAACUGGCUUCACGAGUCUUGCGUUGUCUCCAACGACGAGGAUGAGAAUGCUGUGAUAAAGACUCACGGAGAUGUCGAGACCAAAAAGAAGUACUCGCACGUCGACUUGAUUGCCAUGAUCAAUGGCAUGGACGGCGAUAGGGGCUCAGUCACGGCUGGUGGGCGUGGCUACUACCUCAUGAAUGCAGCUGUGUUCCUGGAGCAAGCCCUUCUGCAGCUGUCGCUGCAGAUGCUGCACGCCAAGGGCUACUCGCCCCUGUACACGCCCUUCUUCAUGCGCAAGGAAAUUAUGCAGGAGGUGGCGCAGCUCAGCCAGUUUGACGAGGAGCUCUACAAGGUGAUUGGCAAGGGUGGCGAUGGCGCGGUGGACGAGAAGUACCUGAUUGCCACCUCGGAGCAACCCAUCGCAGCCUUCCACAGGGACGAGUGGCUGUCGCCAGAGGCCCUGCCCAUCCGCUAUGCCGGCAUCUCCUCCUGCUUCCGUCAGGAGGUCGGCUCGCAUGGGCGCGACACCCGCGGCAUCUUCCGUGUCCACCAGUUUGAGAAGGUGGAGCAGUUCUGCAUCACUUCGCCGCACGACAACAAGUCGUGGGAGAUGUUUGACGAGAUGAUUGGCAACGCGGAGGAGUUCUGUCAGAAGCUGGGCAUUCCUUACCGUGUCGUCAGCAUUGUUUCAGGAGCGCUGAACAACGCAGCAGCCAAGAAGCACGACCUGGAAGCGUGGUUUCCCGGAUCUGGUGCCUUCCGGGAGCUGGUGUCCUGCUCCAACUGCCUCGACUACCAAGCACGCCGCCUACUAGUCCGUUAUGGCCAGACCAAGAAGAUGAAUGCGCAGACGGAAUACGUGCACAUGCUGAAUGCCACAAUGUGUGCCACAACUCGGGUGAUCUGUGCUAUCCUGGAGAACAACCAGACGGAGGAGGGUGUCGUCGUGCCCGAGGCCUUGCGGCCAUUUAUGCCACCUGCGUACCGGGAACUGAUUCCUUUUGUGAAGCCGGCUCCGAUCGACGAGGCUGAGACGAAGAAGCAGCGCAAGCACCGGGAAGGCAUGGAGAAGAAGGGCGGCGACGACAAGAAAGAGGAAUAGAAAGCCACGCUCUGUCGAUCUUGACAA